UAGCCAAGGCAGUAGCUCUGCCUCACCAGUUGUAUUCAGGAGGCUCUUCUGGUCAGGACCGCCCGAGCCCGUCAUUCCGUAGCCAUGAACAACAAGACCUGCUGCGUUUUCCGAGACAAGUUCAUCGCCCAAGUACUGCCCCCCGUGCUGGGCCUGGAGUUUGUGUUCGGAACCCUCGGCAACGGACUGGCUCUGUGGGCCUUCUGCUUCUACCUGAAAUCCUGGAAAUCCAGUCGGAUCUUUCUGUUCAACCUGGCGAUCGCCGAUUUCCUUCUGAUCUUCUGCCUCCCGUUCUUGACCGACAACUACGUGAGGAAGUGGGACUGGACGUUCGGGGACAUCCCCUGCCGCCUGAUGCUCUUCAUGCUGGCUAUGAACAGGCAGGGCAGCAUCAUCUUCCUCACGGUGGUGGCCGUGGACCGGUAUUUCCGGGUGGUCUACCCUCACCACCCCCUGAACAAGAUAUCGAACCGGACUGCCGCCGUCAUCACCGGCCUCCUGUGGGGCGUGACCAUCGGGCUCACCUCGCACCUCCUCUUCACUUCCCACCUGGAGCACUUGGGCAACUCCCGCUUCUGCAGCAGCUUCGCCAUCUGCCCCACUUUCCGCUGGCACGAUGCCAUGUUCCUCCUGGAGUUCUUCCUGCCCCUGGGCAUCAUCCUGUUCUGUUCGAGCAGCAUCGUCUGGAGCCUGCGGCAAAGGCAGCUGGACAAGCAGGUCAAGAUCAAGCGGGCCAUCCGGUUCAUCACCGUGGUGGCCAUCGUGUUCGUCAUCUGCUUCAUGCCCAGCGUGGCCGUGCGGAUCCACAUCUUCUGGCUCCUCCAUACCCGGGGCGUCCACGACUGCGAGGUCUUUCGCUCGGCCGACCUGGCCUUCUAUAUCACCCUCAGCUUCACCUACAUGAACAGCAUGCUGGAUCCUCUGGUGUACUACUUCUCCAGUCCCUCUUUCCCGAACCUCUUCACCAAGCUCAUCACCUGCCGGCUCAUGUCGCAGCCAAAGGGAGAGUCCGACAACAACCGCAGCACUAGUGCGGAGCCCACGGGGGACUUGUCCCUGACCUCUCCGGUCAGUAGCAACCGGCUGCAGAGCCUCCCGGAUGUAUUACUCACCAACCCGGAGAGGACGCGGAACGCUUUCCAUGUGCCGCCUACGUCCCCUUGAUGCAGCUAGCGUCCGACG